AGAGGAGGAGAGGCUCGGGCACUGCACAUGGCGAUGGCGGCCACCACUCCGCUCCUCCUCGUCUCCUCCCGCCCCUAUCCACACCGCCACCGCCACCGCCACUUCCCCGCCAACCCCAAGCCUAACGCGCUGCCCCAUCCUCUCCUCUCCCUGCGCACCAGUCCGGCCGCCCCCCUCGUCCCCCUCCCGCGCCGCCGCCGCAAUGUCACAGCAGCCUACGGCGACGACGACAUGGACGACGACUUCGGCGACUUCGACGCCGACGACGCGGACGGCGUCGGCGACGACGACGACGUCGACAACGAGCAGGACUACGACGUCGACUACGACCGCCUCCUCGCCCCCGUCAAGCCGCCGCCGCCGCCAUCUUCGCUGCCCGGGGAGGAGGGGGACAUCGCCAUGGUGGCCGCCGACAGCUUCGUCUCCACGCAGGACUCCGCCUCCGACACCGUCGUCGACUACGCCGUCGACGAGGACGAGUUCCGCAAGAUCAGGCUGCUCCACUGCGACUUCCUUAUCCGGAAGGUGCCCGACCCCGACGACGACGUCUUCGACUUCAGAGAGAUGUAUGUCACGCCGCCAGACACUGAUAUCUACUCCAUUCCGAGGGUUCUUGCCCCGAUGCCACAGAAGUACGUGAGGUGCACGAAGAAAGGUUUCGGCCGUUACAACGUGACUGAACCACCAGUUGAGCAUUUGCGUGAUCCCCUGUACAAGACUGAGAGGGAAAUCAUGAAGGUUUUCUUAACCAAACACUACAGAAACAGGCGCGCUGAUGACCCAGACUUUUUCCUUGAUUUUGAGGAGAUAUAUGUUAUUGACUCGAAAACAAGGUCAAUCACAAGAGCGAAAGUUGUGGUUAGCGUUCCUGAAGGAAAGAAAAGAGAUAGGCGAAACGACCUGCUACUGAUACGUGAUGGAGGGGAGUCUUUUAGAAUAAUCGACAAGACUAAAAGGGACGAUGCCACCACAGUCAUCCAAAGAGAGGAGUGGGCAAAGUCGAGACAGGAUGUGGAGAAGCAUUUCAGGAAGCUUAGAGAUUUCGACCACUCAAAUUGGUUCUGAAGAAAAGGUGUGGGAUUUGUUGCAGAGAAGAAUGGAACGCAGCGAUUCUGCCGACUCUGCUGCUGAUUGAUUAGAGCAGGCUACCGGUGUGAUCAAGUGAGAGAUGCCAUCUUGGAGUAGAUAGGUUGUUGUAACAUUAGAUGUAGCAAGUAGAAUGUGUGCCAUAUAGGGAUCGUAGUAUGUAGGCACAAAGAUUGAGUGAGAUCUUAGGGAAUCCGCUACUUGUUGAGUAGCCAACCGAAGGAAUAUGUGGCAGUUGGGCUUGUUCUCCGCAGAUUUGCACUCUUUUGAUAGACCUCAGUUGAUCAUUAGGAAUGUGUUUUGAAA